AUGCGGCUGCCAGCCCGGCGGUACUUGGUGCUCCUACGAGUUCUCCGGACACGGGGUUCGGCAGCUCUGUGGAGGGCAAUUGUGUUACCAGUUGAUAUUUUAUUUCAGGCUCACAAGUCAGUGAACUUUGUUUCAACUCUGCUUCAGAUCACUAUGUCUGACCAACUGGAUUUACCAGUGAGACAGGCAGGGGUUAUCUACUUGAAAAAUAUGAUAACCCAGUAUUGGCCAGAUCGUGAAACUGCACCAGGAGAGAUCCCACCUUACUCCAUCCCAGAAGAAGAUAGACAUUGUAUCCGUGAAAAUAUUGUAGAAGCCAUUAUUCACUCUCCUGAGCUGAUUAGAGUACAGCUUACUACUUGCAUUCACCAUAUAAUCAAGCAUGAUUAUCCUAGUCGCUGGACUGCAGUUGUGGAGAAAAUUGGAUUUUAUCUUCAAUCUGACAACAGUGCUUGUUGGCUUGGAAUUCUUCUUUGUCUUUAUCAACUUGUGAAAAAUUAUGAGUACAAGAAGCCAGAGGAGCGGAGUCCUUUGAUAGCUGCAAUGCAACAUUUUCUACCAGUUCUCAAGGAUAGUUUCAUUCAACUUUUGAGUGAUCCAUCUGAUCAGUCGGUCCUCAUCCAGAAACAGAUCUUCAAAAUAUUUUACGCCCUUGUCCAGUACACAUUACCCCUGGAGUUGAUAAAUCAGCAAAAUCUGACUGAGUGGAUAGAAAUCCUGAAGACUGUUGUGGAUAGGGAUGUACCAGCUGAAACCCUUCAAGUUGAUGAAGAUGAUAGACCUGAGUUGCCUUGGUGGAAAUGCAAGAAGUGGGCUUUGCAUAUUUUAGCUAGACUUUUUGAGAGGUAUGGAAGCCCUGGCAAUGUUUCCAAGGAGUACAAUGAGUUUGCUGAAGUGUUCCUGAAGGCCUUCGCUGUUGGUGUUCAGCAAGUGUUGCUGAAGGUGUUGUAUCAAUACAAGGAAAAGCAGUACAUGGCUCCUAGAGUUCUGCAGCAAACACUGAAUUACAUCAAUCAAGGAGUGUCACAUGCAGUCACCUGGAAGAAUCUGAAACCUCAUAUUCAAGGAAUCAUCCAAGAUGUUAUUUUUCCAUUGAUGUGCUAUACAGAUGCUGAUGAAGAGCUUUGGCAAGAAGAUCCCUAUGAAUAUAUUCGCAUGAAAUUUGAUGUGUUUGAAGACUUCAUUUCUCCAACAACUGCUGCUCAGACAUUGCUGUUUACAUCAUGUAGUAAAAGGAAAGAGGUCUUGCAGAAGACAAUGGGCUUUUGUUAUCAGAUCCUUACGGAGCCAAAUGCUGACCCUCGUAAGAAGGAUGGUGCUUUACAUAUGAUCGGUUCUUUGGCUGAAAUUCUCCUAAAAAAGAAGAUAUAUAAAGAUCAGAUGGAAUAUAUGUUACAGAAUCAUGUGUUCCCUCUCUUCAGUAGUGAGCUGGGUUACAUGAGAGCACGGGCUUGUUGGGUUCUUCAUUAUUUUUGUGAAGUCAAAUUUAAGAGUGACCAGAACCUCCAGACAGCUUUAGAACUCACAAGACGGUGUCUGAUAGAUGACAGGGAAAUGCCUGUGAAAGUGGAAGCUGCAAUAGCACUUCAAGUUCUGAUCAGUAACCAAGAGAAAGCUAAAGAAUAUAUUACUCCAUUCAUCAGACCUGUAAUGCAAGCUUUACUUCAUAUUAUAAGAGAGACUGAAAAUGAUGAUCUUACUAAUGUGAUUCAGAAGAUGAUCUGUGAAUAUAGUGAAGAAGUUACCCCAAUUGCAGUAGAAAUGACACAGCAUUUGGCAAUGACAUUUAACCAGGUCAUUCAGACUGGACCGGAUGAAGAGGGCAGUGAUGACAAAGCAGUGACAGCAAUGGGAAUCUUGAAUACCAUUGAUACACUUCUUAGUGUAGUUGAAGAUCACAAGGAAAUUACCCAGCAGCUGGAAGGGAUCUGUUUGCAAGUCAUUGGAACAGUUUUGCAGCAACAUGUAUUAGAGUUCUAUGAGGAGAUCUUUUCCUUGGCUCAUAGUCUGACCUGUCAGCAAGUUUCUGCACAGAUGUGGCAGCUUCUUCCUCUUGUUUUUGAAGUCUUUCAGCAGGUUGAUUAUUUUACUGACAUGAUGCCUCUCUUGCAUAAUUAUGUUACUGUUGAUACAGAUACGCUUCUGUCAGACACAAAGUAUCUUGAAAUGAUCUACAGCAUGUGCAAGAAGGUCCUCACAGGAGUUGCUGGAGAAGAUGCAGAAUGUCAUGCAGCAAAGCUGUUAGAAGUAAUUAUUCUUCAGUGUAAAGGACGUGGCAUUGAUCAGUGCAUACCCUUGUUUGUGGAAGCUGCGUUGGAAAGAUUGACAAGAGAAGUGAAAACAAGUGAACUGCGAACAAUGUGCCUCCAGGUUGCCAUAGCUGCUUUGUAUUACAAUCCUCACUUACUACUAAAUACAUUGGAAAACCUUCGUUUCCCCAAUAAUGUGGAGCCUGUCACUAAUCACUUCAUAACACAGUGGCUUAAUGAUGUGGACUGUUUCUUGGGACUGCACGACAGAAAGAUGUGUGUGCUUGGCUUGUGUGCUCUUAUUGAUCUGGAGCAAAUACCACAGGUUUUAAAUCAAGUUGCUGGCCAGAUCCUGCCAGCUUUUAUCCUUUUAUUUAAUGGAUUGAAAAGAGCAUAUGCCUGUCAUGCGGAGCAUGAAAAUGACAGCGAUGAUGAUGAUGAAGCUGAAGAAGAUGAGGAAACAGAGGAAUUGGGGAGUGAUGAAGAUGACAUAGAUGAAGAUGGUCAAGAAUAUCUAGAAAUUCUAGCAAAACAGGCAGGUGAAGAUGGAGAUGAUGAAGACUGGGAAGAAGAUGAUGCUGAAGAGACUGCUUUGGAAGGCUAUUCCACAAUUAUUGAUGAUGAAGACAACCCUAUUGAUGAAUAUCAGAUAUUUAAAACAAUUUUUCAGACAAUUCAGAAUCGUAACCCUGUGUGGUACCAAACCUUGACACAGGGUCUUAAUGAAGAACAAAGAAAACAAUUGCAAGACAUAGCAACUCUGGCAGAUCAGAGACGGGCAGCACAUGAAUCCAAAAUGAUUGAAAAGCAUGGAGGAUACAAAUUCAAUGCUCCAGUUGUGCCAACUUCAUUUAAUUUUGGAGGCCCUGCCCCGGGAAUGAAUUGAAUUAUCACUUUUCCUGCUACUGUGUGAUUGUAGUGAAGAGCUUGUGUUCCUCCCAAUAGUGGUUCCAGAACUGGUUCAUGUUACCUACAACUCACUCUAAACUAAUUGAUAAAUAGAUUGAACAAAAGCCCCAGAAGUGGGACCUGAUCGUGCAACCUAAUACUGGAAAGCAAACCAGAGGGGUUUUUUUUGAAGAUAGGAAGAAUCUGAAUUUAAAGCUUCAAAUGACACACUUGGAAAUCGGAAAUCAAGAGGGGAUGACAUGAAGGCAGCUUUUCUUUUUUCUGAGGAAAAAAAUAGGCAUGGGCUGCAGGACUAUCUACAAUGUCUCAUUUACAGGACAAACUAGAUGGCAGACUUGAUUUUUACACCUGUGGCGGUAUGAGUAUUUGCCCAGUUUAUUUCCCUUUUCUCCCUUCCUAUUGGGUGUCUAUUCUUUUAAUGUAAAUAAGAUAAGGUAAUCAGAUAGCCUUACUUAAUCUUCAUCAUUUCCAUUUAUCAAGAUUGUUCAUAUGUAGAAUAUUGGACACUUAAUGUAGCACUACAUAACUGAUAAAUCUGUAAAUGAAUUAGCACUUUCAUAUUGAAACAAGCCUGCUAGCCUAUGUACAAAAAUAGCAAAAUGUUUGCUGUUUAUAAAAAAAUAAAAAUAAAAAAUAAGGGAUAUAUUGGGGAAAAUAAUUUCAGGUUAUUAAUUUAAAAUGAACUAGCAGUUUUGUACCUGGUGACUUUGUGGUGCAGUCACCUCUGGUUGUGACUUGAAUUCGGUUAUGUAAAAAGGGGUUAGUGGUAUUUCAUUGCUGCUAAAAGAAAAAAUAGCAACACCCUCUGUGUCCUUUCUUUUUCUUAAAGAUCUCACUGUACAAGGUAAAAUUUGAAUACAAAUGUGUACUGUAAGCACUGAGGAAAAAAUGACCUUUACAAAAGCAGGUACAUAAGAUGUGAAGUUCUGCUCUUAAGAGUAGAUUGAAGUGUGUGGAUGAAACAUCUAUAUAUGCAACCUGUUAAAAACAUAAUUUAAUUUGGCUAAUCUGGGCUAUAGUCUAUAAAUUUUUUCCCCUAAUUUUGUGAAAUACUCUUUUUUCCAGCACGUGGUGGUGCAGGUGCACCACUCUUGCAUUUCAUUCCCCCUCUUUUUGCACUCCCAGCAUUAGUGUGUGCUGUUGUCUGCCUGAUCCAGACAGUAUAUUUGAAGUGUUGCCAAUCUUUCAUUUUUGAAGCCACAGUUUUCUUCCUUCAAAGUUGCUAUAGUAACUAGUAUUUUAGCUAGAGAGGCAAAAUACAGUUCCCUCUGGGACCACUAUCAAAACCACUGUAUGAAGCAGCCAGCAGGGAGAUGCUGUGAAUGGGUUGGCUUAAAUGCCGCCUUUUUCUUUUCUAAAAGCAAAAAUCCAUAGUUUUUGAUCUUCCCUUGAGAUCAUUGGUGUCAGGUCUUUUAAAUCAAAUGUUUGUUUGUUUUUUCUUUUGGCUGUUUUUAUAUAAAAAAUGUCACCUGCUGUUACAAUUGAUAUUAAACAAGCUACCUUAAUUUAAUGUAAGCCUCCAAAAUUUAAAUACAGGUUAAAAAUAAACUGAGUUUAUAUCUGUAAAAAUGAAAUGCACAUAUAUAUAUUAUGAUACUCAAAAUGCAGUCUUCAGAAAA